CAGUUCAUCCAACUCUCACUUCUGGAGGGUCUUUAGCCUUUUUAAAAUGAACAUUGUGGGUCUGUUUAUUCCAGUUAUCAUCAUGGGUUUCUGCUACUCACAGAUCAUCUGGACGCUUCUGACCAGCCAGUCAUCCAAGAAACAAGCCAUCCGUUUAGUACUGGUAGUGGUAAUUGUUUUUGUGUGCUGCUGGCUCCCGUACAACAUUGCAUCAUUCUUCAAAGCACUGGAGCUACUGGGUAUCUACACAGACUGUGAAAAGAGCAAAGCCAUCAUUCUGACUUUACAAAUUACUGAGGCCAUCAGCUAUUCCCACAGCUCCUUCAACCCCAUCCUGUAUUCAGUCGGUCAGCAGCAGCAGCAGGACCUUUGUGGCUUAGUGAGGGAAAAGGAAAUCAUCAGGGACAUGUUGCUGGUGGUCCUCUCAGUAAGUUCAUCUGAACCAGGUCACUCAUUCACUACAGUUUGCUGGAUAGAUAUGGAUUCCUUCUAGAUUACAACAAUGC